GCGGCAGCAUUUCACAAAGGCAGCUGCGGCGCGCGCCGGGGGGCGCAGGGAACCCGGCAGGGGGAGCCGCGGAGCGAAGGGCGCCGCCGCUGCGGGGCAGGGAGAGGCAGAGAUCCGGAGCGGAGCGCCCGGCGCAGGAGGAGGCGAGUUGCCCAGAGCCCCGUGCAAAGAGGGGGUCGCAGAAGCCGCGGGCCCCAGCGUGCUGGGGGCAGCGAGGGGGCUGGACAGCAGCGCCCCGGCUCCACGGGCGGCGGGCGCUGGUCACCCAGCCCGAGCCCUGGUGCAUCGCGCAGAGCCGACCCCCCUGCCCAGCCUCGCCGCCGGCCGUCCCCGCAGGGCUGCGGGAGAGGGACAGCUGCGCGCCGGGGCUCAGCGGCGAUCCAGGGAGGCACCAUGCGUUGCCCGCUCCUGCUGCUCGUCCUGCUCUGCUACAGGGGAGAUGUCAUUGCACAAAGUGACAUGACUGCAGCUACCACCACAAGUGCCCCGUCUGCCGAUGCCUCCUCCCAGGCCAGCCAAUCCCCCACUGAGACUACGGGUGCCCCAACCCCCACUCAAACCUUGACCCCCACCAAAGCUGACACCUCACCCUCCACUGGCCCUGGCAUCCUGCCUGCUGCCUCGACUUCCCUGUCUGGUGCCAGCACCCUGCUCCCCACCACCUCUGGUACACCAGGCAGUGCCAGCGUCCCAUCCUUCACUGGUGCUGGAACAUCACCUGGCACCGUCCCUCCAUCCCCCGCCGGUGCCCCAUCCCACACUAAUGCCACCACUCUGACCCCCGCCACCACUCUGUCCCCUGCCACCACUCUGACCCCUGCUGACACCAGCACCCUACCAACUAAAGCUAGUGCUACCUCUCAGAGCACAGCGGCGAUCACCACCACCACCAGCUCUGCAGACUCCCUCACCAUCGCUGCCCCCAGCUCCCCGUCCGCCCCUGUUGUCCAUACCCUCAGCUCCACAGCCACCCCCAGCUCCAUGGCCACCCCAGCUGCUCACACAGCUGUUACCCCGAGCUUUACCAUCGUCGCUGACGUCCCCAGCUCUGCAGACACUGGUCCGGCAGCUGCGUCUCCAUCUCAGAAGCCCCAAACAACAGAAACCACUACAGGAAGCAGCUUAGGUGUUAAUACAGACAAGGAACGUACCACCCAGAACCAGCCAGUGAAACCUGUGGCAACUACGGAAAGUGCUACCAAACCUACGGAAGCUGCAGUUGCAACCACACAGCAGUCUGGUGUUGUAUUACAGCCACCAGCCUCAAGCUCUGGAACUGUGAUCUCCAUUAUAACCAGCGCUUCGCCGAGCCGCCCCACUCCAGCUCCUAGCAGGGAAUCCAAGCCCAGUGAUUCUCCGCCCCCAAAUAAGAUCGUUUGUGAGGACCAGAACCUGUCCAACGACUCAGCAAUCAUUCUAACCCCGAACAAGCCUAUACACUGUGACAGCCCUGUGGAUCCCUCCCUGCACAACAUGCUCUGCAAAGCCGUGAAGGCCACGUUCAACCAGAGCCGAGACAUCUGCACCGUGCACCUGAUCGCCACUGGGAACCCCCCCAACAGGAUUGCUGUGCUCGGUGUUUCUGUGAAAACCAACGCCAUGCCCAAGGAGCUGUUUGAACUGCUAGGGACGAAGAAGGGAGAGCUCCAGCAGCUUGGCAUUGGCAACGUCACCUAUGCCGACAAGCGGCUGGAGGAGGAGAACGAAGACCGGUUCAGCAUGCCCUUGAUCAUCACCAUCGUGUGCAUGGCCUGCUCCCUGCUGCUCGUCGCUGCCAUCUACGGCUGCUGCCACCAGCGGGUCGCCCGUAGGAAGGAUCAGGGAAGCAUUCAGAAGCGGGCGGUUUCUGGAGGCAGCGCCGAAGAGUCUCCCGCUGCAAUAUGUGAGUGAUGGAAGUGAACGCAGCCGGCCUGAGAUGUGUGAGUGCCCAUCAGAGCCGCUGGCUUUCUUUACAAAGCAGCACUUCCAGCCGCUGGCUCCUGCGGUUGCCAUGGCAGCAACCUGGCUUCUAAUAUUUCUAACAGCAACAGCUAGCCGGCCCUGUUUGUGCUAGGCGCUGUAUGGCCACGUAACCAACGACAAGUCCGUGCCCGGAAGAGUUUAUUGUCUACGGCCAUGGCUACACAGGAAAGUUGUACCAAUUAUGCCCAUGUACUCAGACCAAUAUAAACCGCCCCCCCGUCCUCCAGUGUGCACACUCUGAUUCUGGUAUAAGAACAGCUUUUUUGGUUUAGCUUAAGCCCCUUCCCAAGUAACACAAGCUGAAUCAAAAAAAGCCACUCAUAGGAAUGAGUGCCUGGAAGGGGCACGUGUUAAACCACUAUAUUAAUAGUCAUGCAUCCACUUAUAAGUGCAGCAGCUUAAAUUCACUCCAACAACUCUCCCAUGAAGACAAGGCCUUUAUAGACAAGACAGAGUGUGGGAGGUAGGCAAAUCAGAGGCCGUAGCGCACGGUCUCAACUCCGAUAUGUGCUGUGUUCCCUGAUCUCCGCUGUCGCUUUCAUUGUAAGGGGCUGCAUUACAAGGGACGGUUCAGCGCCCACGUUCAGCCUGGUAGAACAGUCAUCCCGCGGGGCAUUUGAGAGCAAGCCAGUUUGCUGUAGUUAUUUUAGAAACGUCACAGACCACAGGGCAGGGGAGGAGGGCCUGGGGGAAGGGCAAGUACAAGCUAGUGCAGAUUUCCCAAAAAAUGAAGGCAGGGUGAUCCUGGCUGUAAUCAGCCCAUAAGGCCAAUUUCCACCCUGAGAAGGGGAACAUCAAGUAACUAUACAGAGCCACGAGCAAUAAACAGCAUGAUCGGUGGGUUUCAUAAAGAAGAAAUCCUGCCAGAAACUUAAUUGCUUUGCUUUCUGGACUGAGAUGGGGACCAACUGGCUAGGCAGCAGUUCUGCAGAAAAAAGACCUGGGGAUUACAGUGGGCGAGAAGCUGGAUGAGAGUCAGCAGUGUGCCCUUGUUGCCAAGAAGGCUAGCGGCAUAUUGGGCUGUAUUAGUAGGAGCAUUGCCAGCAGAUCAAGAGAAGUGAUUAUUCCGCUCUAUUCGGCACUGGUGAGGCCACACCUGGCAUAUUAAGUCCA